UGGUUUGUUCAGUUGUUUUGAGUUGUUUAGAAGUGAAAGCAAGCCUAUUCAGUUUUUUUGUGAAAUAUGGAUGCUAAAGAAGAAGAGAAAUCGCUUCGGUGGUACGCUGAGCUGGAAUUGGAAGAAGAGAACGUAGACCACGAGCUUGGAGAGGGCAGUGGAGGGUAUGGCAGUCAAAAUGAUAAUCUGAAGUCAGGAAAUUCUGACAGUGACGAGACAGAAACAGAAUCCGAAAUUGGUAACUAUAAUCCUGAUUUAGCAGAUGGCAUUAACCAGUCAACCACAAUUUCAUGGAAUGAAGUAGAUGGGUCAUCUUUAAAGCAAUUUGUUUUUGAUGACAAUGCAUCCAAAAUAAAUAUUCCUGGCAAUUUAAGAUCUAUGGAUAUUUUCAGACUUAUUGUAGACCCAACUAUUCUAGAAAUUAUUGUGUUGGAAACUAACAAAAAUGCUAAAAGGUACAAGCAUAAGUGGAUUGAUGUUUCAGCCCAAGAAAUAUGA